AUGGAAAACGAAGAAUACGCCGCCAUUGCGUCGACGCUCCGUCUGUUCUACACGUUCCACCAGUGGCAGAAGAAGCAGGUGCUCGCGCCCAAAUCCAUAAAGUACAAUCUGCUUUCGCCAGCAGACCAGGCGUUGGUGGACUUCUAUCCGGCGCUUCUUCGAGAUCUCGCCCAAUGCAUAGACAUGAACCAGAGCUUCUGCCAGACGCUUGCCUUGGUCGCCGCACAGGACUGGGGAGUUGCUACGCCGCCUGAAAGCUGGCCCGAGUGCUCGUACACGGACUACGACAAGGUGCGAUCCACGUUGCUCCAGAUGGCGCGAGAAUGGAGCUCGGACGGCGCAAAAGAGCGUCUUGCCACGUUCGGGCGGCUUCUCGCCAAGGCAGAGGCGCUUUUCCCGCCCGAAAAGAGAGCCCAGACCCGGGUUUUGGUGCCGGGCUGCGGCUUGGGCCGUUUGGUGUACGAGUUCGUCAAGGCCGGCUUUUGGACCCAGGGCAACGAGGUCAGCUACCACAUGUUGCUUGCUCUGGGCUUCAUGUUGAACCGUGUGCCUGUCGCCAGUACGCAUGCCGUGUUCCCCUAUGUGCAUCGGCUGUCGCAUUUGGCCCGGCGCCUUUUCCAAGUCCGGCCCGUCUAUCUCCCCGACGAAAGCCCGUACCUGCUUUUCGAAAACGGCGGCGAGGACGUGGGCGAACUCAUGUCGAUGGCCGCGGGGUCGUUUGUGGAGCUCUAUGGCCCCGACCAGACUUUCGAUCUGGCCGAAAGCGACCAGUUCCGCAUCAGUAACAAGGCAAGCUUCGACGUGGUGGCCACGUGUUUCUUCUUGGACACAGCGCACAACGUAUUGGACUACUUGCGCACGAUCCACCACUGUUUGGCGGAUUCGGGCGUGUGGCUCAAUGUGGGGCCUCUCCAUUGGCAUUUUGAGGGCGAUCUGUCGCAGCACAUGGUCACAAGAAACGGCGAAAAGGUCCCUUCGGUGAUGGAGGGCCUUGAGCUUUCACGGGAGGAACUUUUCCAGCUCAUGGACCGCAUGGGCUUUGAAGUGGACGAACACGAAUCUUUCGACACAACAUAUAGCAGUGAUGUGCGGGCCUUGUCGAAUUUCCAGUACGGAACAGAGUUUUGGGUGGCCCGGAAGAAAGCGAAAGAUAAUGAAGAGGACAUUGAAGAUGCAAGUACAAUACGAAGGUCCUAA